AUGAGAGCCUUGGCACGCGAAGACGUGAGUGGCGACGUGACCCGCAGUGUGGCUGAACGCGGUGGCUACGCUGUGUCAUCUGACUGUACGAGUGGCGCGGGCACGGGAUCGUGCAAGCACACAACCGAGACGACCGAGGAGACGGAGACGUUUGUCGAGGGUACCACUACGGAAAUGGCCACCGAGAUGACCACGACGGAGGAAACGGAAACGACGGAGACAGUGACGAGCGAGGACGUGAGAGCCUUGGCACGCGAAGACGUGAGUGGCGACGUGACCCGCAGUGUGGCUGAACGCGGUGGCUACGAUGUGUCAUCUGACUGUACGAGUGGCGCGGGCACGGGAUCGAGCAAGCAGACAACCGAGACGACCGAGGAGACGGAGACGUUUUGUCGAGGGUACCACUACGAAAAUGGCCACCGAGAUGACCACGACGGAGGAAACGAAAACGACGGAGACAGUGACGAGCGAGGACGUGAGAGCCUUGGCACGCGAAGACUGGCGCGGGCACGGGGGAGAGCAAGCAGACAACCGAGACGACCGACGAGACGGCGAUGUUUUGUCGAGGGUACCACUACGGAAAUGGCCACCGAGAUGUCCACGACGGAGGAAACGGAAACGACGGAGACAGUGACGAGCGAGGACGUGAGAGCCUUGGCACGCGAAGACGUGAGUGGCGACGUGGCCCGCAGUGUGGCUGAACGCGGUGGCUACGCUGUGUCAUCUGACUGUACGAGUGGCGCGGGCACGGGGGAGAGCAAGCAGACAACCGAGACGACCGAGGAGACGGCGAUGUUUUGUCGAGGGUACGACUACGAAAAUGGCCACCGAGAUGUCCACGACGGAGGAAACGGAAACGACGGAGACAGUGACGAGCGAGGACGUGAGAGCCUUGGCACGCGACGACUGGCGCGGGCACGGGGGAGAGCAAGCAGACAACCGAGACGACCGACGAGACGGCGAUGUUUUGUCGAGGGUACCACUACGGAAAUGGCCACCGAGAGGCCCACGGCGGAGAAAACGAAAACGAAGGAGACAGUGACGAGCGAGGACGUGAGAGCCUUGGCACGCGAAGACGUGAGUGGCGACGUGACCCGCAGUGUGGCUGAACGCGGUGACUACGCUGUGUCAUCUGACUGUACGAGUGGCGCGGGCACGGGAUCGAGCAAGCAGACAACCGAGACGUCCGAGGAGACGGAGACGUUUUGUCGAGGGUACCACUACCGAAUGGCCACCGAGAUGACCUCGACGGAGGAAACGGAAACGACGGAGACAGUGACGAGCGAGGACGUGAGAGACUUGGCACGCGAAGACGUGAGUGGCGACGUGACCCGCAGUGUGGCUGAACGCGGUGGCUACGCUGUGUCAUCUGGCUUGACGAGCGAGGACGUGAGAGCCUUGGCACGCGAAGACGUGAGUGGCGACGUGGCCCGCAGUGUGGCUGAACGCGGUGGCUACGCUGUGUCAUCUGGCUGUACGAGUGGCGCGGGCACGGGAUCGAGCAAGCAGACAACCGAGACGUCCGAGGAGACGGAGACGUUUUGUCGAGGGUACCACUACGGAAAUGGCCACCGAGAUGACCACGACGGAGGAAAACUCGGCUCGGAUGAUGAGAGUGCGUCUGAUGACGACUCGGCGGACGACGGGUUGGGUUCUCCCAAUCUCCGAGGCGCGUCUCCGAGUAUGUCUCUGUUCGGCACUCCACUCCAUAGUGGAACGGAUCCGCCUCAACACACUUCAGCCGAGUCGGGCCCUGAGGCACCGGUUCUUCUUCCACCUGGUUCGGCAUCAGUCUCGUUGGCUAGCUCGGCGAUGAUACUUCUUGCCACGGCUGCGGAUGUUGCAUCUCCUCCGCAGUUUUCCAAGGGGCGACGUCUGUUACGACGCCACACCUCCAAUCGUCGAGUCCGCUGA